AUGUCGACUCGUGUACAAAAGGGAAACGCGGUCUUUAGGCCGGUCGCCAAACCGCGAGCUCGUGUAGGGAGCGAAGCUCGUCAAACACCACAGGUUCUCGAACAUCGUGCGUCUGCUCCCCCAGCUCAGGGAAUUGCAGCAAACGCCACACCGGGCACGUCUAUGCCUCCACCAUCUAAUAUUCCUCAAAAACCGCCGUCUUUGACGUGGGUUUCCUCAGACAAUCAUGCCUCUCGCCCUGUCUCCCCACCCGUUGCUCCUAAACCAACUCAACCUCCCCAAAUUGCGACAGCCGUAGCUAUGCCCUCUCGGAAUGCUGCUCGACCCCCAGCUGUCCAAGCCUUCCCUCCUCGUCCUCCUGUUCCCUCUGCAUACCAGGAAAUCACGCGCCAAGUGCCCGAUGCCUUUAUCAUGCCUUUUAGUGAUGACGAUGGUCUCGCGUCCACUGCUCUUACCGACAUCUCUCAGGCCCUUCCCCCUCCUAUUGCUUCUAGCUCCGACGGCCGUUCCCAGGGCCCACCACCAUUCUCGUUGGACCCUACGACAGACUUCACUUCGGCCGCCAUCAGUGAUGCCCAGAUCGACCCCGCGCUACUUCAGGCAGUCGUGACUGCACUGCGUCAUGCUGAGGAGAGUCAACUCGCGCAUCUGGACGAAGCCGCGACCGAUGAACUACGGGAUGCUCUUCGCGGCGAUCAUACUACGAAAGCCUCUGCCCAGCGCAGGCAUUCGGCGAGGCUGCAGGCCGAAGGAGGCGACGAAAACGCUGUUGAGCACCCUAAGCGCACUCGCCGAAGGAGGACGUCUACGGCAGUUGAAGCUGAUACACUAUCUCAGCCGGUUAGACGCAAGCGCAGCGCAGCUACGAGUGCAGACGUUGUAGACGGCGAAGAUGGUGGCGCUCAGCCGCGCCACAAGCGGACGCGUCGUUCUCGCGCACAUUCCCUACCUCCAUAUGACCUCGAUGCAGAUCCUGGCGAAGAAAUUGACCCUAUCGCUGUCACAAUGGCUGAGCUGUGCGACGACAUCGGGCGCGGAAGGGUUAGUAGCAAGGCCGCGCAGAUCAUGGACAACCAUGCAGCAUGGCGACAGGCCAAUCGAGAGAAACGGGCUCGUCAGAGGGCGAUAACAGAGGCCAAGAAGUACGGUCGGAACUUGGAAGAAGAAGAGAACGCCAGUUCCGCGACAGAUCCUUCGACCGGCAAUACUGGAACAAAUACUGACGAGAUUGACCCGUCAAGUGCAGCAGAUUCUUCGGCUGCUGAGCCAUCCGCCGAAGCGGAAAACGGGGGAGCAGAUGGCCAAAAAGGGGAUGACUACGACUACACUAAGGCCAUGUCCACUAGUCGCUACAACGUCCAGGUUAGGGUUGGUCCUAACGGAGAGACUAUCAUCGACGAAACUUCUCUUUUUGUUGAUCGACAAGAAGAAGACGAGACUGCGAAUUACACCCACAUUGAGGAGUCCGAUACAACCAAGUUCGUGAAUUCUUCGACGUACAGUAGGAAGCUUCGUGGUUCCCGAUGGAGUGCAGAAGAGACCGAGCUAUUUUACGAUGCUCUGCAACAAUUUGGAGAAAAUUAUGAGCUUAUCUCUUAUGUCCUUCCUGGACGGGACAGGAAAGCGUGCAAGAACAAAUUUAGGGCAGAGGAUAGGCGCAACCCGAACCGAAUCACCUGGUGCCUGAAGAACAGGCGUCCAUAUGACAUGCAAACGUUGUCUCGGAUGACCGGCAAAGACUUCUCUGGUCCAACACCCGUCAUCAAGGCUCCGACCCCGCCCUCUCUCGACGUUAGAUCAACCAGCAGCAACGAGGAGCAGCUCUCGACAGAGGUGAAGAAGCAGACAGGGGCUGAAAGCGACGGAGAGGAGAUUAUUGGGAGCAUCGAGGAUACCUUGCCUUCAAGUUAACUGUGCCCGCUACGUCAGAUGUCCUACGUUCUCAAGCGCCCGGUGGAAUGCGUCCAGAAAAUAGUCUACACAUGAGAAGACGCAAACAACAGUGAACUUCCUUACAAGAUUGUGCAAUCUCAAGCUUGUGUAAGACUGCGUGCCGCGUGGUCCUCACUAUAAUGAGGGUGCUCGGUGGACGGAGAUGUGCAAACGGUCUCUUGGCGCCACG